CGCGAAAAACAGAUGGCGGCGUAAUAUCAGUCCAGGAUGGACAGUAGUAGCGGAUUGCGCUGCUGGACGGGAUUCGAGCCCGAGCGUGCGAAAUACGCGCAUCGCCGUUCACACCAUGGCCACGAGGACGCGCCCUGGAUGGAGCGCUAGAGGGCGCGCAGGCAGCUCGUCGAUGCAAUUCAGCCAGGGCCUAACGACUCGACGGAGGCCGAGGAAUCGCUCUGCUUCGGACCAAGAUGGAAUCUAUAUUUGGGAUGCGAGUGCAAGUGUGGUGCGAUUCGUCGAAGGAGGGAGAAGCGACGAGCGACGGGUCGGCCAAGUGGGCCGCGUUUCUGUCUGUCUAGCGUAUAAAUAGUAGCCAAUGCCUCCGGCCGCAGUGAGUGCUGCUAGGCCUGCGAAUAAAGCAGUAU